AUGCCUCCCCGAAAGCAGUGGAUUGACAAGAAGACCGCGAGCACCUUCCAGCUCUUCCACCGGUCCCAACAUGACCCGUUGAUCCACGAGGCCAAUGCGGACGAUCGCGUCCUGCAUCAGGUCUCCGGCCCUGCACCAUCCUCGGCCUCAACAACCUCGAAUAAGCCGUCGCGGAACCUGUCCGAUCUCCAGUCCGAGUUCCGGGCAGAGGCUGUCCGCCAAAACGAGGGCGAAGCUGCCAACCAUGGCGUUUACUUUGACGACUCCAAGUAUGACUACAUGCAACAUUUGCGCGAGCUCGGCACGGGAGGCGGAGACUCGCAUUUUGUCGAGGCAAACAUAAAGGGAAAGGGCAAAGCCAAUAAAGGCCUGAAGCUAGAGGAUGCGCUGCGUCAGGUCUCGUUGGACGAGGGCGCCGAUGCCCAGAGUGCCUUGGGCGGCCGCAGUCUGUACGGAUCCGAAUAUGGCGAUAUGCGGUCAACCACAACCUCAUACUCGCGAAAGCCAACGUACCAAGACCAGCAGAAUGUCCCUGAUGCAAUUGCCGGGUUUCAGCCGGAUAUGGACCCACGGUUGCGCGAGGCGCUGGAGGCGCUUGAGGAUGAUGAGUUUGUGGAUGAUGAGGACGACGAUCUUUUCGGCGAGUUGACAGCAAAUGCCGAGGAGAUGGAGACGGGCGAUUGGGAGGAUACUAUUUUCGACCACGAUGAAGAAGACGACGGAUGGGAGUCGGAUGCUACCGAAAAAGCACCUGCGCAGACAGACAGUACGAAAACCCGACCACACUUCACAGACAAAGAUAGCUCCGAGCCAGGUGCGGACCCGGAUCUUGCGCCUGGAGAAAUGCCGGAGCAUGACCAGCCGGCACCCGACAUGCACCCAGAAGACCAAGAAUGGAUGCAGGAAUUUGCAAGGUUCAAGAAGCAUGCAAAAACCGGGAAAUUAGCCGCACCAGCUGCGCCCACCAUUGCACCCUCGCAGACCAUGGCUUCCACCGUUUUUACCGCCGGAGGAACGCCUAUUCGCCGAAAGAAGCGCAAGGGUGCCAUGACCAAUCCGUCUGCAUACUCCAUGAGCUCGUCGGCGCUGGCGCGCACCGAAGGCCACCGCCUCUUGGACGACCGGUUUGACAAGGUAGAAGCGCUCUAUGCGGUCGACGAGGAUGAAGAGUACGACGACAGCAUGUCCAUGGUCAGCGGCAUGACCGGCGCCACCGGCAUGACGGGUAUGUCCGCUGUGUCGUCACAGGCCCCGAGUCUUGUCUCGGCGGGUGGAGACGCCACGCCCACGCGCAGUGAUUUCAACAAUGUCAUGGACGACUUCCUGUCGAGCUGGGAUGACAACACCAGUGCGCAGGUGAAAAGGAAAGGCGCCAAGGCGAAGCGCGGUAAGAACGGCAACGAGGCCAUUGGCAUUCGCAUGCUCGACGAGGUCCGACAGGGCCUCGGGUCUGCUCGCCUUUCGAACACUUCGCGCAACGUCCCUGGAAGAGCUUAG